GGACAAUGAUGGCUGCGGUUUUUCUGAUGCAAUCUCUUGGUCAGCUUGCUGCUUACGCGUUUGGGCUGGCUAUACUAGUUGGUUUUGGCAACAAGCUAUCGGACCAGAAUGCCGACAAUGACCAAGUUGAGCGCACCAUAGACAUUGUAUGGAGACUAACAAUCGGUAUCGGUGCUAUUCCUGCUUUGGUUUCUCUGUUUCUUCGUCGCAUCAUACCUGAAACGCCCCUGUUCCUCGCUGCGCAAGGCAAAGUUGACGAUGCUGCUGAAGCUGCUGCCAUUGUCUACGCUCCAGAUGCCGCCAUCCAACCCAUUGGACAGGGUGAGGCGAAUCAGAACCACCAAGGCACAAAUGGCUUGGUCAGAACUUUGAAGAGCAAGAAAGGGACAUCACCGACAUCCACAAUCGACCAUCUCAAACAGAUCAAGGAAUAUUUGAGUGAAAAAGGUCGCUGGAGAGCUUUGCUUGGAGUCAUGCUAACAUGGUGGCUUUUGGAUCUGGCGUAUUAUGGUCUUGGGCUCGACAAUCCGAGGACUAUAUCCACAAUAUGGUUAUCGAGGGAUCCUCUGACGGAUCCCGAGGUGGACAAGAGCUGUAUGUUUAUCGAUUCAUCAAACAGUACCCUAAAUGGGACUUGGCUUGACGAGUCAUGGCAUGCGGACCCAGCAAGGCCCUGUGUCUCCAUCUAUGAGAUUCUGAAGCAAGACAGCAUUCGAAAUAUCAUUACUGUCUCAACAGGAACUGUGACAGGAAGCGUUGUCUUACUGUUUUCCAUCAACUACAUACCUCGCGUAACCUGGAUGGGCUGGAUGUUCGUGGCACUCGCAGCGCUAUUUGCAGUUAAUGGUGGAACUUUUUUCGUCACGUUCGAGUCCGACAAGCAUGCGCUGACAAUGACGCUCUAUGUCUUGGCGCAAGUUAUCUUCAACCUGGGACCAAACACGAUGACAUUCAUUUUGCCUGCCGAACUGUUUGGAACGAAAUAUCGUGCAACAUUUUACGGCCUAGCUGGGGCUUCCGGCAAAUUUGGCGCUAUCGUUAUCCAGGCUAUACUCAGUCAACCUGUCUUUAAAGGAGCGCGUCUCACCGAGUCGUACGAGAAGAGUUUUGCAGGACUGCUCUUGGGAUUCUGUCCGGCCAUGUUGUUAGGUGCUUUUGUCACUUGGACAUGGAUUCCCGAAGUUCAGCUUCCCAGAGGCCUCGACCAGGCGCGCGACGAAGAUGUUGAUGAAAAUGCUUCUGACGAUGGCCUGAGCGGAGACCCAAGAACCGUCACAUUCAGACAACAGCUCAAGUUACCCAAUCGAUCCUUAGAGGAUAUAGAUAGAAACCCGGACGCUGGCCAGAUCUUGGGCAUGAGACGGAAUGUGUCAAGGCUACUUUGUGCUUUGACGCGCAGCAAAGUUAUUUCCAGGCCACAAGCAUCGAUGGCAGAAGUCGGAGGCGGCGGGUCCAGGCAAGCAGAGAACCUCAUUGGUGUGGAAGAGUCCGAUAUUGGAGAUGGAUUACAGCCUCGUGGGAGGUACUAG